CACAGCUGCACGGGCGCACCCCGGGAAUCGUAGUCCCGCUCGCUUGCGCAGGCGCCCAGCUCCCUUACUGGACUUGCGCGCGCAGCUCCUGCAGCUCGGGCUUCUAGAAGCUCAAUGCGGUGCCUCGCUGGACCAGAUUGGAUGCAGUCCCGGUGCAGUUUCUGCGAGACCUUAAAGUGAAUCCUGGGAACACCUGUGGCGCAUGUUGGUGGACUGCACCCUUUUUCAACUAGCAUCCAAAGGGACGUGUCUCCUGCUGGUGGUGUACUUUAUAAGCUCCGGUGCCCUUGAACAAGAUGGCAGCUGCUUGCCCAGACUCUCAAAUUCCAGCCUCAAGCAAACAAAAUGAGAUCCUAAACCCCAAUACAUCUGGGGACAAAGAAGCUCUCCUAAGAAGAGGCCCCGUUAGCUUAGAGUCUUUCAGACAGAGAUUCAGAUGGUUUUGUUACUCAGAAGAGGCUGGACCCAGAAAAGUCUUGAAUCAACUCUGGGAGCUCUGCACUCAGUGGUUGAGACCAGAUAUCCACACAAAAGAGCAAAUUUUAGAGCUUUUGGUGUUUGAGCAAUUCCUAGCCAUUUUGCCAGGGGAGAUGAGGAUUUGGGUAAAGACUCAGCGUCCUUACAAUAGUGAGGAGGUGGUGACCCUAAUAGAAGAUUUAACCCAAAUGCUUGCAGUCAAGGAAGAGCCAGUCUCUCAAGAAUCUGAUAUUUCCCCAGAGGAGAAUCCUGAAGGAGAUCAAAUUGAUUCUGUCCUUUCAAAUACUGACUCCCAGGGACCCCUGGCAUUCAAGGAUGUGGCUGUGAACUUUUCCAGAGGAGAGUGGAGGAAACUGGAGCCUUUUCAAAAAGAACUUUACAAGGAAAUGUUGCUGGAGAACUGUAGGAACCUCGAGUCUGUGGGCUUUCCAGUUUCCAAGUUAGAUUUGAUUUCCCAGCUCAAGUGUACUAAACUGCCGUGGCUGCUGGACAAAGACACCUCAGCAUGCUCCCGACCAGAGUGUGAUCCAAGAGAUAAUUUGAAAGCACUUUCUCCAAAUGAAGAUGCUAUUCUGGAAGAAUUGACUUUAGAUAAUGUAAUUGAAAAAUGCAUUACAGCUUUUGAUGAGAGCAACUCCUCAAAACAGGCCGACAGAUUAGAAGAAGAUUGUGGCAAUGAGGACUUCUCAGAAGUAGCAGUCACACAAAAGAAAACCCAAAAGAGUGGCCAUAAGGGCAAGGAAUUUGACACAGGAAAAGCCCCCUCUGGAAAAAAUGCCAAACAAACUUCAGUCAUACUUAAACACAUAAGAGACCACUUAAGGAAGAAAUCUCGUAGGUAUACUGACAGCAAGAAACCUUUCAGUUUUCAUUCUGACCUUGUUCUUAAUCACAAAGAAUACACCGGACAGAAGUCAUUGAAAUCUCAGGAGGGCAGGAAGGUCUUGAGUCAGUUUUCAUCUCGUUCUGAACAUCAGAAACCUCAGAAGAUUCCUCUUGGGGUGAAAAAGCAGAAGUGUAGUAAUUGUGGGAUUGUCUUUGCUCAACGACUGUCUCGUUCCCAGAAAAGACAUUGCUUUAGGUGUGAAAAAUGUCGAAAAUAUUUAGAUCAGGGUAAAGCCUUAAGUAAAAAUAAGAAGACUGCAGCUGGAGAAAAAUCCCAUAAGUGUAGCAAGUGUGGGAAAGCCUUUAGCUAUAAUGCCUCAUUGACUGGAAAGCAGAGACAUCACCCUAGGGAAAAAUCUGAUUUGUGCGAUGACUGUGAACAAACACCUGAUGAUAGUUCAUCUCUCACUUCACACUCCUCUCGGAGUGGCAAAAAAUCCCGCAAAUGUGACAAAUGUGGAAAAUCUUUCUCCAUAAAAACCGACUUGUUGAAACAUCAGAGAAUUCAUACUGGAGAAAAACCCUAUCAGUGUAAUGACUGCAAGAGAUCCUUCAAUGACCUGUCCUCUUUUAUCCAACAUCAGCGAAUUCAUACUGGAGAGAGACCCUAUAAGUGUAAAGACUGUGGGAAGACCUUCACUCAUAGCUCGUCCCUUAGUAAGCAUCAGAGGAUUCACACUGGAGAGAAACCCUAUGAGUGUGGUGAAUGUGGAAAGACCUUUCGACAGAAUUCUUGCCUUACCCGGCAUCGGAGAAUUCACACUGGAGAAAAACCAUAUGUAUGUGACUGUGGGGUGGCCUUUAGCCAUUUUUCAUCUGUAAUCUAUCAUCGGAGGCUUCAUUCUGGAGAAAAACCCUACAAAUGUGAGCAAUGUGAUAAAGCCUUCGCGACCAUUUCCCUUCUCAGCCGCCACGAGAGAACUCAUUCUGGUGUCAGACCUUAUGAAUGUAAAGACUGUGGAAAAGUCUUUCGUCAGAGCUCCUCUCUCAAUGAACAUCUUCGAACACAUACUGGCGAGAAACCCUAUGAGUGUGACUAUUGUGGGUCAACCUUUACUAGGAGUACGAUACUUAUCGAGCACCUAAAAACUCAUACCAAUAUAGAAUACAAGUGCAGUAAAUGUAAGAAGGUAUUUAAAAGUAGUUCAGGCCUUAUGAGACAUCAAGGAUUUCAUGCUGCUAAGUAAUUUUGGAAUACAGAAAGAUGUGUGUACGGUGGGGCCUGGGGUGAAAUCUGAAAAUAUUCUGCUUUAGUCACCCUGUAAAUUCACAAGAUGUAAAUUAUCCACAGUAUUAAUUAGUAGUUGCAGCUUUGAUGGCUGGAAAUUAGAGAUAAUAUUCUUUUCCCCAUUCACCCCUCUUCUUUGCAAGGAUAUCACCUUUCAAAUGUAGAUUUUAAUUAGGGUUGGUCAAAUCCUGAGAAAAGUGGACAAACUGGUAUGAUUCGUGAAAUUAUUGUCAAGGCCCGAGUAUGAAUUUAAAAAGCAGAGGAGAAGUGUGACAGGCCCUCUCUGCUAAGUUAUUAUUUUUAUAUUUUCCUUUACCAUAGUUGUUCUUCCGUUACUGUGUUGCAUAAUGGAAAGAGAUAAGUGAGUCCCACUUUGCAACACAGCUUGUUGAUGACCCAGGACAAAUCAUGCCACUAUUUCAGAAUUUCUUUCUUUCCUGGUAGAGUGAAGGGAUAGGAAAAAUCAUUUCUAAGUUUUUCUUUGUAUCUGACACUUUCUUGAAACUUUGAGAAUAAGUUAUUUUUGAUUGAUUGCAAUUUACAAGUCUAUCUAGUAGAAAACUACUCAUUGGAGACUCUUGGAGCAAAGUGAGAAGUAAAAAAUACUUAUCAAUAUCUAAUGUUGGAAUCAUUAGAAUGCUACAAACAGAUGCAAUUUACUGAAGCACAAAAGACUUUGUCCUCAGGAAAUGCUUUAGUUGGGAAAAGCACCCCAAUCUGUUUUUCCUCUGGGCAUUGGUAAGGGAAUCGGGUCUCUCGGAAAGCAUGCACCUGAGUCAUCUCCGCCAAGAGAGCAACGGUCCUGGGAAAAUAGACUGGAGGGCUUGGGCUUGGAGGUUGGCUUAGGGUAAUGGUACUGAAAACUGCUGUUCUGGAUGGAUUGUCUUUAGUGAAAUAGAGUUAAAUAGUUUUAAAAGUUUUGCCUUUACUGAGUAGAGUUUCCUAUAAUUGUCAAUGUAAAACUAUUCUGUGUGGCAAAGUUCAUCAUCAAAUACUGAUGACAUGAAUUAAUUUGCAUGAGUAUGUGUGUGUGUCUGUGUGUGUGUGUGUGUGUGUGUGUAGAAUUUGUUACCACCAUUACCAGUUUUCAAACUUUAAAACAAUUUUGACUUGAAGGAAUUGGACUUAACCCUUAUUUCGGUGGCUAGCUGGUUUUGAGUAGUAGCUUCUAUCAUUAGUCGGGGGGAACUGACUAUUCUAUUUCCAAAAUUCUCUUAUUUAACCUGAUCUUCUUUCAGUAGGAAUUUAAUAGGAUCCCUUAUCAUCUGGUGAAACAUGUUCUAAAAAUCAGUGGAUGCUUCAUUGAUGGUAAACUUGGGGAAAGGAAUAUAGAAGUAAUUCGGAAUACAUUUUUAGUUGUUUUCUGUUAAUUAGAUCUCUUGUUUUAUUUUGUUUGGAGGCCAUACCUGGCUCUUCUCAGAGUUUACUCCUUGCUCUGCACUCACAGAUCACUCCUGGCUGAUUCGGAAUACCAUAUAAUGUGCUGGGGAUUAAACCUGGGCCGGCCAGAUGCAAGGCAAGUGCCCCAAGGAAUUAGAUUUUGAGAUACAAGACUAUAUAGAUAUCUCUGGAUUAGUCCAUAUCAAUAUCAUUAAUGGAUUCUGAAUAACAAUUUCUGACUGAAAAGGAAGGUUAGAAUCCUAAGUCGGUUAGGUUUGAGUCUCAGCUUAUAGGGUUCUGGAGGACAUCACUGAAUCAGCCAAGGUUCAGUUGUUUCCUUAUAGUGAAAAAAGGAAGGAAGGGAGGGAGGAAGGAAGGAAGGAUAGACAAGAAAAAAAUUAAGUCAGAAAAAUAUCAACAUAUGGGAGUGAAGAGAUAAGCUAAUACUCAUCUGAGACUUGGGAGUUUGUGUUCAGUGAUUUAAUAGGUUUAGGUUUGAGCUGCUACUUGUGAGUAAUGUUUUUGUUUCUCCUUUUGUGCCACCACCAGCCCCCAAGCUUGGAGUUCCAUGUAAUAUCUAUAUAAUAAGAAGACCUGCAUGGUUAUUGUUAAAUGGAUUAAUCAGGGCCAGUCUAGUCAUGAAUGAAUAUGGCUUGGCUUGUGAGAUCCAUUCAUACUAUGUUAAAGGUGGAUUAUUUGCUUGGGUUUUGUUGUUGUUGUUGUUGUUGUUCUUUUCCAUGAAGACCCUGGUUUGUUCUUUUUCUGAGAAGAUCGAAUUUAAGGAAACAAAUUUAUAUGUAAAAUUCUUAAGACUAAGCUUAAGAAGUUAAGGUCUUAGAUUUUCACUACCAUGUUUCUAAGUUUUUCUGUUUAGCAUAUCAGUACUUUGAUUCUUUUCAUUGUUUAAUAUCAUCCCAUGGUAUGUGUAUACCAUAUUUUGUCCAUUCAUCUGUUGAAGAAUGUAGGGUUAUUUCCAUUUGGGGGCUGUAAGCUUUUGGGCUGGAAUAGUAGUACAGUGGUCAGGGUGCUUGCCUUGCCUGUCACUGAACUGAGUUCAACCCCUGGCACCUUAUUUGAUACCCAGAACUCUGCCAGGUUCACAGUUAUGAGUAAAUCCUGAGCAUUUAUGGGUGUGGUCUCCCAAAAAACAAAAUAAUCUUGUUCCAGGAUGUUUGCUAGUUAUAGUCACCAACAUCUAUAAAGUGGGAAUUUAUGCCUCCAUCAACAGGGAAGAGCAUAAGCAUUUUUUUCAGUUUUAUUGAAAUACAGAGUUACAUAUAAAAGUCAUUUCUUGUGGAGUUCGAUGAGGUUUACAAACUCAGUUCAGUGAGUUGUACAAUCAUCACCUUAAUCCUUAAUCCAUUUUUAGAAUAUUUUAUCCCCUUAGUAAAAAUCCCUCAGGCCAUUUAUAGUAAUUCCCAUUUCCAUCCCCUUAAUCUCCUGCAAUCCUUAAUGAGUUUCAGUGGAGUUGCCUUUUCAUUUCCUUUUUUUUUUUUUUUUUUGGAGGGGCGGUGAUACUUUUGACUCUGCAUUCAGGAAUUUCUCUUUUCAUGCUUGGGGGACCAUAUAGGAUGCCGAGGAUUGAACCCUCGUUGGCCGUGUGCAAGGCAAGCUCCCAGCCUGCUGUACUAUCUCUCCAGCCCUCCGAGUUUCCUUUUCUUUAUGUGAUUAUUCUACCAUUUGUGGUCUUAGAUUUUUUUUUUUUUUUUGCUUUUUGGGUCACA